UGAAGCAGGAUUACGUCUGAGCAGCAGAUAAACUGAUUAUUCCAGAAACAGUCGUUUAACCUCAUCAGUCCUGCCACACGUCCAGCUCUGGGAGCGGAACGCCGCUCUGCUCCUGGAUUCGCCUGCUGCCUCUUCACCGCGCUCUGACUCGCCUCCCUCCACGCCUGGCGGACGGCUUCCAUGAACUUCCUCUGAUCGGGACCGCCGCCUCGUUUCUGGUCACAUUUCAGAGGCUCGUCGGCGCCACCAUGCUUCAGGCUGCUGGACUCCUGGUGCUGCUGGCCGUCACGUCACCAGCAGCCGCAAUCAGAGCAGGUGGCGGCGUGGCGGCGCACAGCGUGGAGUCUGGAGGAACGCUGGGUCUGGCUGACCUCCUGAAAUCAUCCAGCAGACCUUCAGCCUGGGAGCCGAGCCGGCACCGAUCCCGGCGGUCGGUGUUUCUGCAGCCUGGAGUGAGAAUCUGCUCCCAGGAGAGCGUCGACGAAGUUCUGGCCAGCCACCAGGCCUACUACCAACUCAGAGUCUGCCAGGAGGCCGUGUGGGAAGCUUUCCGGAUCUUCCUGGACAGAAUUCCCGGGACGUGGGAAUACCAGGCCUGGGUCCGCAGCUGCCAGCAGGAGGCGCUCUGCAUCUCUGACAUCGCCAGGAACUUCAGCAGCUCUGAGGAACACAUGGGCCUGAUCCACCGGAGGAUGAAGAACCGCAGAGAGAGACGACCAGACACAGUAAGACAUGGGGACGGGGGCGGGACAAGGGGGACGGACGGCCAGUCUUCAUGGUUUUCUGUCUACAUGGAGGCCGCUUUCUGCAGGCUAACGGCCCACAUGUGGUUCCCGAGCUGCAGGUUGGGAACCUUGGUCCUGAAAUGCUCUGAAGCUCCGCCCAUCUCGUCUUCAUCGCCUCCACCUGCCAUCAUCAUCAUCACCUCCGCUGCCCCGCCCACUCCGGCCACGGACCGCACCGGACCGGCCGGACCCGACCAAGAGGACCCGGAGCUGCCCAACCUGGUUCCCGAGGGCCCCGAGGUCCACGUGGUGCGGUUCAGCGUCAAACUGCUGGACCCGGGCUACAGGCAGCUGCUGGGCGAGCCGGACUCGCCGGAGUACCUGGACCUGGCGACGCACCUGCAGGACCAGAUGCGGCUCGUCUUCGACCGGCCGGGCUUCAAGGCCGUCAGCGUUCUGGGGAUCAGAGACACACUGGAGCCUGACAGGUCUUUAACUCCAGGCCUGAAGGCUUCUGCAAACUUUAGACGUGUCUGUGCUUCAACACACCCGAGUCCAAUGAUCAGAACAUCAGCAGGAGAACCACUGACCAAGAAACAUUUGAGAGAAAAUCAGCAAAGAAUUAAGAUGCGGGAGCAGGCAGGACUUGUUGUUUUGUAUUUCAGGGCUGAAGGAAUCUCGGUCCACUACUCUGUGGUCUUUGAGAACAACAUCCAUCAUGCAGAGACAACCGGAGAGCCAGAGGCGUCUGCUGGUUCUGGACUCAGAGAUAUGAUGGUCCAGGCUUUACAGGAGAAAGCUUCUCUGCCAGUCGACCUGGACUCCCUGAACUUCCACCCAGAAGUGAUCGCCCUGCCAACACCAACAUCAGCUGCAACUGAAGAGAUAAAUGAGCCCAGUGAAUCUGAUUCCCACAAUGAGUUUAAAGUCUUCACCCCCGAGCCGGAGAUGAACGAACGUCAUCCUCUCACCCCAAAGGAGAAGGAAAACGACCUUGUGACCCUGCUGGAUUCCACCACUGUCUCACAUGGCGAGACGAUCACGGUGACUGAUGGGGUGACGCUGAUCAGAGAUGAUCCCCCGGCUUCAGAGGACAUUAUUGAUGAUUCGGAAGAAAUUUACAUGAUUGAACCAGAGCUGUUGAGCCAGGAACAAGUGGAAGAGGAAUUGCUCCUCAUCACACAUGAGAUUGAAAGCAUUCAUCAGGAAGAAACGGGGGAACUUGUGCGCGUCUAUAUCCCAACCCCGACGCUGCUUCUUCAGGGGGAGGCGGACAAUCCAUUUAUCACUUCGUCUCCUAACCUGAUAUCAGAGGAAAACCUCAGUCCGGCUGAAAAGGAGGAGAAAGUCCUGUGUUUGAACCAACAGCUCAGAUUUUAUUCACUGCAGGCGUUGGCAAGAAGGAGCUGUAUGACAUCACAACUCCAACUUUUCAACAUGCAGACCUCACAGACCAGCCACCCACAGAGCCAUUGACCGAAAGAGGAAGAAGACAUCAACGCUCUUCCAGAUGAAGAAAAUGUAGAUUUAGGUUUGUCAAAACCCAAACGAAGUGAUGUUCUGGACCAGGAAUCACAGGAUGUUAGAAGUUUGCAAACUGAAGUAGAACUGCUAGAGCCAGAGGAAGAUUCAGUCAUUCUGGAGGUUUUAAGGCCAAACUUUGAGAAAGUAGAAGUCUCAGAACCAGGAGAUGUUGCAGUUGAAAGGUCAGAGUCGGGUGAAGCAACAUUUGAAGUGUCAGCGCCAGAUAAAGAAGAAAAGCCAUCAGAGUCUAUCACUGCAGAGACAGAAGCACCUGAAGUUUCAGAGCCACACCAAGAAGUUCGACAAGCAGCAGUGGAUGUUUCAAUCCAAGAAAAAGAUUCAACUAAAGCAUCAGAGACAAAGAAACAGUCGGUUGUCAAAAGUCAGGACGAAGUUACAGAGCCAGAAAUUGUGGCUCAUAUUAUAGAGAAGGACCUUGAAACAUUAAAAUCAGUUGAAUCAGAAGAAUCACUUCUAGAGACGGACUCUGAUGAUACCAAACCUGAGGUUUUCACAGGGCAAGGUGUAGAACUAGAAAAAGAAAUAGUUGAACUUACAGAACUAAAAGAAGAGCAGAGAGAAAAAGUCAUUGAGGUGUCACUUUUAAUUCCUCAACUAGAGGAAACUCUGGUGGAGUCUCAGAAAAAGAGGAAGAGGUGGUGCUUGUUGGCUCCAAAGAUGAAACCGUUUAUUCCUAAUGCAGAUUUGGAGGAUGAAGAGGUUGUAGUGGUCUCACUUGAUGGGAGGCCGGUGGAGAUUGCACAGCCAGAACCUUCUUCACAACCAGAAAAGAAGACUGAAGCCACAUCAAAAAGUCCAGAACUGGAGACAGUUUCAGAACCAGACAAAGACCGAUUGGACUUUUUACCAGACUUAAAUAAAGGUCCAGAACCAGGAAAGGAGGUCGUAGAGCCAGAGCCAAAGAGAGAUUCUACAGAACCAGAUAUUGGGUUCAUCAAAAUCCUCCAGACUUUGGAAAGCAUGGAAGAACUUCACUACAGAGAGGAUAGUGUUCAGGUAGUGGGGGAAGAUCCACUGGAUGGUUCUGACCAACUCAACCCAUCAGUGGAAGAUAAUCCAACCGCCAUACCAGGACUCCUCCAUCCACUUGAGGAAAAAGCAUCUAACCGCAUCUACCCAAUCACAGAGGAGGCUGACACCAAGGAGGACAUUGAUAGAACAAACAUAGAGGUGGAGAGAGAAGCCAGUCCCUUCAGACCACCAGGACCUGUCCAGACGGAUCGACCCAUUGAAGCAGCAACAUCUGUCUCAGCUGCAGAGCCAGAGGUUCAGUCAGAGGACACUGGAGUGACCAAUAACGCUUCAUCAAAGACACAAGAAGAAGAAGAAAUGUUUGUGACUCAUAGCCCAGUCUCAGAAGCUCUCCCUGCACCUCCACCUUCUGUGGACCUAGUUCAAGUACCAACAUCUGGGCCGACUGAGGUCUCUGGGCCCUUUGAGUUAACAGAGGACACAAGUGAACCAGAACCACCUGUUGUUCCCUGGGUGGAAACAGCAAACCCUGAAAGCCUCACUGCCUCUCCAGGUGGGGAGACGUUUUCUGAGGACCUGGACCAGAGCAACACUCCCAGUAAGGAGUCAGUGGACCCUGGCAGUGAUCCGACCUCUGCAGCAGAGGAAGAUGCCGUUCCGCUAAGAUACUUGACCACGCCCACCAUGACCACUGCCAGCAAUAGGCAGGAGCUGGUGGUGUUCUUCAGCCUGCGUCUCACCAACAUGGACUUCUCAGAAAACCUUUUCAACAACACCUCAGCAGAGUACAGAGCCCUGGAGAACACCCUUCUAGACGUGCUGCUGCCGUACCUGCAGGCCAACCUGACGGGCUUCAGGAAACUGGAGAUCCUGAACUUCAGGAAGGGCAGCGUGGUCGUCAACAGCAAGAUGCGCUUCUCCCGCUCCGUGCCCUACAACGUCACCGAGGCCGUCCGCUGCCUGCUGGAGCGGUUCUGCUCCGCCGCCAGGAGGCUGCAGAUCGACCGCAGCUCGCUGGACGUGGAGCCAGCUGAUCGGGCCGAUCCGUGCCGGUUCCUGGCCUGCGGAGCCUCGUCCCGCUGCGUGGUCGACCCACGGACCCAGGAGGCCCGGUGCCAAUGCGAACCGGGCUUCCUGGCGCAACAGAACCGGUCCUGUCGGAGCAUCUGCGAGCUGGAGCCUGAGUUCUGCCCAGACGGGGAUUGUCACGUGGUUCCAGGCCGAGGAGCCGAGUGCAGACCCAGAGGUGGAGCUCAGCGGUCCGGCCCGACGCGUUGGAUUGGACGGGACCAGGGAAUGUGAAAAGACUUGGCAGAGCUUCAGAGGAUCAGCGUCGACCUGACUGAAUCGGGUCAGAACCGACGAGCUCGUCUGAUGGAUUGGGAGAUCAGGUCGACUUCACCUAAAGGUCCAUCACGCUGGGCUUAGACCUGGACUUUGACUAUGUUAUUGCAGAACCUUGAUUGUCUCGUUUUCAGCCGUUCUGACCCGGUUCUGCUGCGUUUGGGACCUGAGUUAGGGUUAUGAAGACCAGACGGGGUUCUGUCCUCAUACAUGGACCUUCAAGGUCUGAGAACAACUUCCUCUUCCACCUCGAGCUUCCUAGAGAACUGACCUAUAACGCCCUUGGACACGACCCCGGACAGCCAUCACCCUGGAGACGACCCUGGACAGCCAUCACCCUGGAGACGACCGGACUCGGCCCAUCACCCUGGAGACGACCCGCACUCGGCCCAUCACCCUGGAGACGACCCCGGACUCGGCCCAUCACCCUGGAGACGACCCCGGACUCGGCCCAUCACCCUGGAGACGACCCCGGACUCGGCCCAUCACCCUGGAGACGACCCCGCACUCGGCCCAUCACCCUGUAGGAACCCGAUAGUAUUCAGGGUAACAUUCGAUCCAACCAGAAAAAGAGGUUGAAGGUUUAUUUGCACCAAGGCACUGGACCCAAAGAUCUACAGGAAGUUCAGCGUGAAUAUUACCUGGGAGGUUAAAGGUCACUGUAUUAUAUAGUUGGAUCCAAUAAACGCAACAGGGGUUGCGUCCUGUGAUGACCAGAUGGUGGCGCUGCAGCCGCCGUCUAAGGAACAAACUGGACUGAUUCCACCCAGUCAGCGACUUCCUGUAUCAGAUGCUGUUAGAAGCUAACAGCACCAAUUUGGGUUAUUUAGCCUGCUUUAUUUAUAAUAAGCGCAGGUUCACUUUCCACUGUUAUUAAUUCAUAAAUACCAGAUUCAAGCUAAAUAUUUAGCUCCACAGCUAAAUAGUUGGUCUGAGCUAGCAGAAUAUUUAAACUGAAGCUAAAUAUUUAGAUUGAAGCUAGUUGUUCAUCGCAGAGCUAAAGUUUUAGCUAGUAUGCUAAUUCACUCACCGACAACAGGAAGUGGACUACCAAAAUAAAAGCUGGGUCUCCGGAA